CAGAGUUUCAAGUCCUCAGUGACUACAAAACGUCUGAUGGAUGUGUACCAGGAUGCCGUGGAUUACCUGGACUCAGGUCACAUCGCAGCAGACCCUGACAUCUUAGACGAGUAUGCGUCCAGCGUUCAUUCUCCACUCCAAACGGAGAGCAUGGACUUCCCAGAGGCCCCUGAGUGUUGCAUCCCAGAGGAACCGAUGGAACGAAGGCUUCUGGUGUUGAAAGGCUUCCUAGAAAGUGAAGAGCUUUAUCUCAGAGAGCUGGAAGCACUACUGAUGCCAAUGAAGGCUCUGUGGGCUUCAGCCGGUACCUCCCAGCCAGUUCUGUCCUCUCAGCAGGUCCACACUGUUUUCUACCAGGUGCCGGAGCUCAGAGACAUGCACCAGACAUUCUACUCAGCCCUGAAAGCCCGGCUGAGUCCACACUGCUCCACAGAGCGCGCGUCUUUGGGGGAAGAUUCAAGCUUGGAGAGCAAAAGUGGUGAAAAAGCAGAAACGAGACACAGCGGCUUUGAGCUGAUGGUUGGGGACGUAUUUCUGAAAAUGAUGAGCCACAUUGGUGUUUAUGGCGGUUUCAUUCAAAACUACGAGGAAGCCGUCGCUGUUGUUCGCAAGUGCACUCAAGCCGACCCUCGCUUCCGAACUCUGGCCCAGAGUAUGAUGUUAAACAGUGGUCCAGACAAAGCUCGGACCACAUACACCUUUGAAGCUCUUCUGUACAAACCUCUUGACAGACUAACGAAGACCACACUAGUGCUGCAUGACCUCGUGAAAACGACUCCAGAAGAGCACAAAGAUUACACGGCCCUGCAGGAAGCUUUGAGACUGUCCCGGAGCUUCUUGGCUGGUGUCAAUGAACGUUCACACUGCAAGUGGGAGGUCACGCUCAGUCACGGAAUGAGGCGACAGCUGAUGCGUGAUGGCUUUGUGGUGGACACAUGCGAGGGACACCGUAACCUGCGCCACGUCUUCCUCUACACCGACCUCCUGCUGUGCACCAAAUUCAAGGCUGCAACCAAAGGGAGGCAGGACCAGUACAGGUUCUGCUGGUUUCUACCUUUGGCUGGUCUCAAACUGCACUGGUUUGCAGAUCAGGAACGACCACCAGACAUCCAACUCCGCUUAUACACCAUCAAAACUAAGCUGUAUCUCCUUCGACAGCAGUUGCAACAACAUGAGAAGGUGGGAUCCAGGAGCUCUGUCUUACGGCAUCGAAGCAGGAAGAAAAUGGAACAGCUGGAGCUGAUGCUGCUCACGUAUUCCCCUGUUUACAGACUAGAACUGCACAGCCCCAGUGACAAAAGCCACUGCCUCCUCUUCUCCUCCCUGUAUGAGCUCGAAGAAUGGAGAGACGCGAUCUACAAACUCACAACAGACACUAUAGAAACCAUCCCUCCAGACUUGCUCACCCUCACCGGUGCAUGUGCCAAACUGAGAAUGACCCAGCAGCCACCACUACAAACCACAAACACGGGAGAGGACAAGGAGUCACUCUGUGGAACAUUGAGUGUAGCCAUCCACUCGGCCUGUGGGCUGCAGCAGCCGGCCUGUGUGUAUGUGUGUGUUGAGGCUGACGGCUACGAGUUUCAUGACAAACAGGCGCAGACGCACUCUUCAGUUCUCAGCAUGAACCCGCACUGGGACCAGGAGCUGAAUUUGCAGGUGGACGGGGCCCAGAACCUCAGAGUGCUGUGUGUGGGUCAGUAUGAUGGACAAGAGGACACGGUUCUGGGAAAAGUUUCCACUCAGCUGGACUGUCAAACCCUGACGAAUCGAUGGAGGCGACAGACUCUACACCUGGGCCAGGUGGAUGUGAAUCUGUCAAUCAAGUACUGCCCCCACCCACUUGCCCCGCCAAGCCACACCCCUCAGCAGCAACCCCCAGUCUUUGGCGUCCCCAUUGGAACUGUGGCCCAGCAGGAAGGAGUUCUGGUCCCACAUGUGGUGCGAUGCUGCGUGGAGGAGGUGGAGAGGAGAGGCAUGGACGAGGUCGGCAUCUACAGGGUGUCAGGAGUCGCCAGUGACAUCAACACCCUCAAGUCUGCGUUCAACAACAAUCUGCGUGAAGCGGUAACCAAGCUGAGAAGUGCUGGCGUGAAUGUGGUGGCCGGCGUUCUCAAACUCUACUUCAGAGAGUUACCUGAACCUCUCAUACCCGCUGAGCUCUUCCAGAACCUUUCCCGUACUUUGGACAGCCAGGAUUUAAACUCCCGCUUGGUCUCCGUGGUGUCCCUCCUGCAAGACAUUCCGGCCCCCAACCGCAACACCUUCCUCUACCUCUUACACCAUCUGCAACGAGUGUCUGAAAGGCAACAUAUCAACAAAAUGUCAUUAAUAAACCUGGCAACAGUGUUUGGUCCAAGCCUCGUACGCCCCCCUGUGGUUCAAAGUGGCCUUUCUGUGAAUAUCUCCCAGGAGGUGAUAGUACAGGUUCAAGUGGUUUUCUUCUACCUGCAGUGUAAUAACCUCCCCGAAGCUCAGACGUCUCUGUCACAUGACUCAGAUGAUGACGAAGACACAACCCACGUGUGAAACAACCAACGGUGUUGUGUUUGGUGUGAAGUGUGUUUCAAAAAAAAAAAAAAAAAGAAGAAAAAAAAUGAAGCUAUUUAUUGAUUAAAGUGGUAGACACAC